AUGGCUACUGGCCACCGCCUCCUGCUAGAGAAUGCGCGGCAAGUGGUGCUGGUGUGCGCCCGUGGCGAGCGCUUCCUGACCGGGCCCGAGCUGCGCAGCCUGGCCGUGCUGGAGGGUGCCAGCCUGGUGGUGGGCUCGGAUGGGUUUAUAAAAGCUAUUGGCCCUGCGGACGUUAUCCAAAGACAGUUUUCCAGAGAAACUUUUGAAGAAAGAAUUGACUGCUCUGGGAAAUGCGUCUUACCAGGAUUGGUGGACGCGCACACACAUCCCGUGUGGGCAGGCGAAAGGGUCCAUGAGUUUGCCAUGAAGUUGGCAGGAGCCACUUACAUGGACAUUCACCAGGCCGGAGGAGGGAUCAACUUCACAGUGGAGCACACUCGCCAGGCCUCCGAGGAGGAACUCUUCUGCUCCUUCCGGCAGCGACUACAGUGCAUGAUGAGGGCCGGCACCACGCUGGUGGAGUGCAAGAGCGGAUAUGGCCUCAACCUGGAGACGGAGCUCAAGAUGCUGCGCGUAAUCGAGCGCGCCCGGCGGGAGCUGCCCCUGUGCCUUUCUGCCACUUACUGCGGGGCUCACUCAGUCCCCAAAGGGAAAACUGCCAUUGAGGCCACCGAUGACAUCAUCAAUAACCACCUGCCAAGGCUGAAGGAACUCAGCAGAAACGGGGACCUACACAUUGACAACAUAGACGUGUUCUGUGAGAAGGGUGUCUUUGAUCUGGAUACCACCCGAAGGAUUCUUGAGGGUGGAAAAAAGAUGGGGUUACAGAUCAACUUCCACGGGGAUGAACUCCACCCGAUGAAGGCCGCGGAGCUUGGGGCUGAACUAGGAGCACAGGCGAUCAGUCACCUGGAGGAAGUAAGUGACAAAGGCAUCGCUGCCAUGGCUGCGGCUAAGUGUUCCGCUGUCCUUCUGCCCACCACGGCCUACAUGCUGAGGUUGAAGCAGCCUCGAGCCAGGAAGAUGCUCGAGGAGGGAGUCAUAGUUGCCCUGGGCAGCGAUUUCAACCCCAAUGCCUACUGCUUCUCAAUGCCUAUGGUCAUGCACCUGGCCUGUGUGAACAUGAGAAUGUCCAUGCCCGAGGCCUUGGCCGCUGCCACCAUCAACGCAGCUUACGCGCUGGGGAAGUCUCACACACAUGGAUCUUUGGAAGUUGGCAAGCAGGGGGAUGUCAUCAUCAUCAAUGCAUCCAGAUGGGAACAUUUGAUUUACCAGUUCGGAGGCCAUCACGAAUUAAUUGACUAUGUUAUAGCUAAAGGAAAAGUCAUCUACAAAAAGUGA